AUGAUUCCUGUCACUCAACCAGCCGGGAAUAUCAAAGUUCGGAUUUACUCGCCAGAGGGACCGGGGCCGUUUCCUGUGCACCUCAACUUCCACGGAGUCAUUGAUGUUGACUACCGAAUGGGUCCUGAACACAAGUUUCCGGCUGCUAUUUAUGACUGCUGGGAUGCCGUAAAAUGGGCCAUCGACAACGCGAAAAGUCUGAACAUCGAUCCGACGAGCGUCUCUUUCGGUGGUCUCUCGGCAGGCGGUCACAUGUCUGCCGUACUCGCACACUUUGCAAGAGACGAGAACAUCCCGAUCAAACUGCACUUGAUGAUCGUGCCGGCAACCGACAUGAGAUACUGCAGUCGCAAGAUCGAAAUGCUUGACAAGAAGAACUGCCCCUAUGAGAGCGCCCGGUUGCUUCAUGAUCUGCCUUGGGGACCUCUGGGCAGGGAACAGUGGUUCUUGAAGUAUUGGCUCGAAGACGAUGACGGUAGGUUCCACGCUGAUAUCCUCGACACGAUCCACGUACAGGCCAUCGCUGACCUUCUGCUUCAGAUGAGCAAGAGAGAUGCCUCAACGAAUGGAUUCUCACGCCUGUACUGGCGCCGAACUUUGAAGGUCUGCCACCUGCGCACAUCGUGA